CGACAAGACAUCCUUUCCUUUGUUCAACAAGCAUUUCAAUAUGGCGAGGCGAUCCGCCCGGCUCCAAAAGCGCUCGCCGACACCGUCUGCCAGCCCCGACUCCAGCUGGACAACGGCGCAAUCAGCAACUUCACCUAGGCCUGAGCGACUUCCUUCCGUUUUCGAAAACGAUGAAACAAUUUCACAAACUCCACAAAAGCCCGUCGUCGACAAACCUCAACUAGGUUCGCAACUCCCGCAACCGUUGAGUAGAGCAACCCCGCUUAAGAGCAAAUCGUCAAGGUCCUUCCUGAGUCCCUUCACCACUCGUACUCCGAAGAACCGCACACCUAUUAAACCCAGUGGAGAUGAGAUGCACCCCGCACAUCAUCACCAAAGCACGGCGAAGAUACUGGAUGAGGCUCGUUGGCUUGGCUUCCAAGCACUGGGAGCACAUACAGCACCCCCAAAGGCGUCAGAAGGUCUCGGCAUCAGUCAGGCAACGCCUUCAAAGUCUCCCGUUCCUACCUCAACGGUUAAGCCGUCGACUAGCGUUGCGUCUCCAGAAUUCAGGUUUAGGUUCAGGUCUCCUAUUACCGGGUUAACUCCCAAGUCGAGUAGGAUACUGAAAGAAGCCCAAGAAGAGGAUACAGUGGCUGGUGGCCGUGCACUCUUUGGAGCGGAUGAGUUCUCCGCUCUCGCAGAUAUUUCACCACAGCGCAAGAUGGCUGUUCCAAAAGGCAAAGCAACCAGAUUCAGUGACGUUCACAUGGCCCAAUUCAAGAAGAUGGAUUCUAUUGCAAACCAUCCCUCCGCCUUCCGUGCGGACUCUAAUCGAUUCAAGCUUGUUAGCAAGUCGCUGAAGCGCUCUCCGUCGAAGGCCGAGCUCGAUAAACCCGAGCCCUCCUUAAAAGCCUCUACAACGUCGUUAAAGCGAACUCAAUCGAAGAUGGAUACGGCUGAGCCAACGAAAAAGAUUGUUCCUACCCCACUCAAGCGAACCCAAUCAAAGAUGGAUCUGGCGCGCCCAAACAAUCUUCCACGUAACCAUUCCACUGUGAGGCUCGUUCCGCCGUCUCGCGAUGGACGCCCCCCAAUACAGGACGGAAACCCAUCAGCAAAGCGAGUUAAGCGUUCUGAGAAUGACGAUGCUGCGUCUACUCGUCCAAUUUCACGAGAUAGCAACGCAGGGCCUGGUCGACCCGCAGCCUUAGGACGUCCACUUCACUCCCAAACGGGGUUGCCUCGUGCUGCUUUUAGACUCAUGACUCCAACAAAGGCCUCUAUCGCACGAUCACAGAGUGUCAAGACCCUCAAGUCUACUUCGAUGAUCCCUUCUCUCUUGCGUUCUCCUUCCACCCGAGCCAUGUUCUCACCCACUAAUAUUGGUGAGACGAUGAUGGACGGCAUGAGGGAGGGCAUUCGCAAGACGAGCAAUUCCUUCCACCGUGUCAAGUCUAUCCUUCGUACCGGCACGCCGAGCCGCAAGUUUUCAGAGGAUCCAGAGAAAAUUGCUGCGGGAACACACAUGUCCCCUCCACCAGUUCCAAACUUAUACAAGACGCUCCCAAACGUUCCUGCCACUGCGCCAGUCAAGAAACACGUCAAUUUUACCACCAGCACUCUAGAUACGGCGGCUCAGGAUGAGUUAGGCAAAUCUCCUUCACCAAUUAAGUUCCGAGCAGUUUCAGAACUUCCACCUGACGCUGUUGUCUAUCCUUCUCUUCAUCCAAGUGAUGGCAUCGAGUACCCUACCCUGCCCACUAGAGAGGAGUCUUUUGUCGGGUCUCCAAAUCGUCGCCUCACGUUUGGCGGCCCCAAGAGCAACGUUCCGGGUUCAUUCCUGUUCAAGUCCGACAAGCCCAUGACCUUUGGCCCUGUUUCUACUGGAACGAUUCGCAUGGUUAGGAACAGUGAUGUUUCGUCCCUUGUUAGCGACAAGAAGCGCAAACUCAAGACGUUUGAGGAAUCGUCUGGCAAGGAGAAUAAUGAGCCUGCUGAUGAGGAGCAACGUUCACCAAAGAAGGCUAGGACUGCGGUGGGUGAGCCCCCAAAGACCCCGGCAACGACGAGCAGGUUACUUCACCGUACCCCAAGGGGUGGGAGUGCUAUCAGCAAGUCUAGGUUGGCCUUUUUGGCUACGCCUAAGAAGACCAGGCCUUGAAAUAUCUCAUAAAUGUCCCAGGCUUUGUUUCUUCAGAUCAAGAUUGAUAUUUCCACUUCCAUGACUUCAAUGAACCUUGUCAUUUUCGUCGACGAUACGCUAGGUGUGAUCUGUUCAGUCACGAUUGUGUUGACAUAAUGCCAGGGCGUCUAGGUUACGAAUGCGGAAGUCAGAGUGUCCAUGUUUAUGAUUGUCUCCCAUAAUGUCUUUUCUGUCCAAUUUCAUUCCAGCUUCAAGGCUGAUUUUCCCUUCUCAGUUUUGAUCACGGAGUCUGGUGAAUGGUAAUAUUGGUGGCGACUGAGGCGAAAAUGGUGUUGGGAGGAGUAUGUUUAUUCCAACGUGUAUCCGACAAAUUGUGCGGCAUGGAUCGGUGGGGCAUGGCUAUAACGACCUGAUUAUGAGCACAUAUAUAAUUACCUUUCCUCUACAGUUUGUACAUUGUC